ACCAAGGUAACUAGUAGCCAUAACUAGCUUCACAGAGGUACCGUAUAUGAUUCUGUUGUUUUGUGAGUCCAUUUUAUAUUCAACGUUAGAAAGAAACUUCAUACAGGUUAUUUGAAAUGGCGAAACGGAAAGAAGUUAUAUUGCAGGAAAUAUUGAACACACCUCAACUAUGGGAAGACGCAAUGACCAAAGAGAAUCUUUAUGUUGUGGAUGUUCAUCAAAAAUGGUGUGGACCAUGCAAAGCAAUCAUAGGAAUGUUAAAAAGAAUCAAAAAUGAAAUGGGUGAUGAUCAUUUAAAAUUUGCAACAGCAGAGGCAGAUUCUAUUCCUGCAUUGGAAUCAUACAGAGGGAAGUGUGAGCCUAUGUUUUUAUUCUAUGGACAUGGUCAAUUGGUUGGUUAUGUCAGAGGGUGUAAUGCGCCUUUACUGCAAGAAACUAUUGUUGAAACAUUGAAACUGGAACAUAAAGUAUUAGAAGGGCAGGCUGAGAGAAAAGUUAUCAAGGAUAUUCAUGAACCAGAAGAAGUUGAAAAUGAAGAGGAUAAAGAGAGUGAAGAGGAAGGAGAAGUUGUCGUUCGAAAGCAGAUCACAGUUGCUCUUAUCAAGCCUGAUGUCGUAGCAAAUGGACAAGUUGAUGAAAUAAUAGAAAAGAUCAAUUUAGCUGGUAUAGAAGUUUUAGCAAAUGAAGAAAAAGUAAUGACAGAAGAUGAAGCGAAAGCAUUCUAUCAAAAUAAGGCUGACGAGGAAUAUUUCGAUGACUUGAUAUCCUAUGUAGUUAGUGGGCCGUGUCGUGUUCUUGUCUUAACAAAGAGUGGAUCAGGAGAGGGAGUGGUCGAACAAUGGAGGGAUAUUAUUGGACCGUUUGAUGCUGCAGUUGCAAAAGAGGAAAAUCCAGACAGUCUUCGAGCAAUUUAUGGCACUGAUGCAAAAGCAAAUGCUUUGCACGGUUCUAGUUCACAAGAAGAAGCUGCUAGAGAACUUGGAUUUUUCUUCCCUGACUUUGAACCACCGACUUAUCGUGCUGCAUCCGCUGCUCCAAGCGCAAGAAGCAAAGCAUCUGCACGUAGCAGAAAAUCAUCACGAGGAAGAAAGCAGUUACAGAGAACGCUGGCAAUCAUAAGACCUGAUGCAUUGAAGAAACAUAAAGAUGCAAUUAUGGAGAAGAUUAAAGAAGCAGGAUUCGAAAUAUCAAUGCUGAAAGAAAUGCAACUUACAGAAGAACAGGCCAAAGCUUUUUAUAAAGAUCAUGAAGAUAAAGAUUAUUUUGAGGGUCUUGUACAGCAGAUGACAAGUGGUCCAGUACUCGCACUCUGUCUUGCUCACUCAGAUGCUAUUAGUAAAUGGAGAGAUAUGCUUGGUCCAAAGAUAGUCGAAGAAGCCAUUGAACAACAACCUGAUAGCUUGAGAGCACAGUUCCAUGUGGAAGAAGCGCCAGUGAAUAUGUUGCAUGGUAGUGACAGUAUAGAAACAGCAGAAGACGAGUUGAAAAAUAUAUUCAAUGUUCAACAAACUCUUGCAGUAAUUAAACCUGAUGCCAUGGAUAAAAGAGAUGCCAUAAUGGAGAAAUUGAAGGAAGCUGGAUUCAUGAUUUCAUGCCAAAAAGACAUGAAUUUGUCAAAAGAGAUUGCAAACGAAAUAUAUAAAUCAAAAGAAGGAGCAGAGUUUUAUGAUGGGUUAAUUGACCAUAUGACUAGCGGUCCAACAUUGAUGAUGGUAUUGUCCGCGGAAGAUGCUGUAACUAAAUUACGAAAUAUGAUGGGACCAGCAGAUCCUGAUCAAGCUAAGGAAACAGCUCCAGAAUCGUUGCGGGCUUUAUUUGCAAAAUCCAUCAUGGAAAAUGCAAUUCAUUCACCAUCGACACAAGAAAGUGCAAGCGAGCGAAUCAAAUUCAUCUUCGGGGAUAUGGAAUUCAACUGGGAUGGUACAGUGAAAGAGGGUGAAAGUGUUAUUGUGGAGGGUGAUGAAAGUGUGACAGAGGAUGGUAUGACUUCUCCUGAACCAACUGAGGAAACAGCUGAAAAAGAGGAAACCGCUGAUCAACCAGAUAAAGAAGAUGCUGAAAAUAAACCAGAAGGAGAAACUGAAACUAAACCUGCUGAAGAAGCCCCUAAUCCUGCUGAAGCUACAGAAGAGACAGCUGAGCCAGCUGGUGAUGCUGAGCCAACUGAUGAUAAUACAGGGGAAGAGGGUGAUGACGGCGAGUCAGGUUUAGAUAGUGACAGGAAAGAUAGUUCUAGUCCCCAACCCUCCAUUAAGGAGGGAGAUAAAGCAGAUGCUCCAACAUCGGAAAAUACUGCAGAGGAAAAAAAUGAUCAAUCUGAUGUCCCUGCCACAAAUAAUGAUGAAACUGAAACCCCUAAAUCAGGCCGGGAGUCUAGAGCUGAUUCUGAAAUCGGGGCCGCGGCAGCUGACCCUCAAGCACUGAUAUGCCAAUAGAGGGGUCAAGGCCUGGGUCCUCAAAAAGUGUAUCAUCCACAAGUAGAGAGGAUUCAAAACCAGGUUCUCGACCUAAUAGUAAAUCUUCCAAUAGAAGCUCGACUCAAGGCUCUGCCAAGCAUGAGAGCGAUGUGGGAGCUCAAAACAAUGAAGUGGGGGGAAGUCCCAAACCAUCCCCAAGUGGUAGUAAAGCAUCAAGUCGGAGAUCGAGUAAAGAUCUCACAAAACCGGAGGGGGGUCCUGCAGUAGAGGCUGUCAAGAGUUCAUUAGAACAGACUAGAAAGGAAACUGACAAUGUUUCACAAAAAGACAUGUAGAUACUUUUUGUGUAUAUUUUUUUAACUUUCAUUAAAAAUUUGCACUUCGAAGAUAGUAUUUGUUGAAUGUUUUCUGUGCCAUAGAAGUAGAGUGUUUACAUUCUGCUUUCAGCAUUUGUGAAACUUGGCCAAAUAUUAGCAUUACUGAUUGACUUAGAAUAUAUCAUAUGAAAUGCUCAGAUACAAUUCCUAUGUUGUUUGUACAAUAGAGAUGGAAUUAUGUUUUAAUUUUAAGAAUUCAGUAUUUUGAUGAUCAUGUAAUAAUU